AAACACCACGACCCCCACUCGACACUUGCAUUUGGAGUUACGUUUAAGUUUCUGGUCGUGUGUCCACUUACAAAAAUGGCUCGCCGCUCAGCGGUGAACGUGUGGUGCCUUGGGAGUCGGGCUGUCAGCCUGCUGUAUGGAAGCUCACUUCGUCCCCUCCGCACCUCAGUUUGCAAUGCUUCAUCAAAGGCCAAAGCUGGAUUCAGGCCGGAGAAAGUAGCAGUGGUUACAAAGACGACACGGUAUGAGUUUGAGCAGCAGCGGUAUCGCUAUGCAGGACUUUCUGAAGAAGAUCUGAAACAGCUGCUUGCUAUGAAGGGCUCCAGUUACAGCGGCCUUCUAGAAAGACACAAUAUUCAUACCAACAAUGUGGAACACAUUGUAAAGAGCCUGCGGAAAGAAGGUAUUGAUGUACGAGUAGUAAAGAGAGGAGAAUACAAUGAGGAGGUGGUGCGAUGGGCAAAUGCCAUAAUCUCUGCUGGAGGUGAUGGAACAAUGCUACUUGUUGCCAGUAAGGUUUUAAGCAAGGACAAACCAGUUGUUGGAGUAAACACAGACCCUGAGAGGUCAGAAGGACAUCUGUGUCUGCCUGUACGCUACACUCGUGCCUUUCCAGAGGCACUGGACAAACUCUGUCGUGGUGAGUUUAGAUGGCUGUGGCGUCAGAGGAUCCGUCUGCAUUUAGAGGGCACAGGAAUAAAUCCCACUCCCGUGGACCUGCACGAACAGCAGCUGAGCCUGGAGCAGCACAGCCAAGCUCACCGCAUCACCACCAUGGAAAGCCAGCGGAGGACAGGAACACUACGGGAGAGUUUCAUCAAGCCUAGUCUACUCCCUAUUAGAAGCUUGAAUGAAAUCUUCAUCGGAGAAUCUCUGUCUUCCAGGGCUUCCUACUAUGAGAUCUCGGUCGAUGAUGGCCCUUGAAAACAGAAGAGUUCAGGACUCAGUAUUUGCACAGGAACGGGAUCCAAAGCCUGGUCCUACAACAUCAACAAACUUGCUGAACAAGCUGUGGAAGAGGUUCUUAAAAUUGGAAAGUCUCAAGCAGGUCUUGAUAUCCCACUUAACCGAGAAUUUAUUGAGAAGGUUACAGACAAAUACAACGAGUCUCUAGUGUUCAGUCCAGAUGACAGCCGCUUGUUCUACAGUGUCAGGGAGCCCAUCGUCAACAGAGUCUUCUCCAGCAGUCGGCAGAGAGGCUUUGCCAGCAAGGUGUGUGUCCGCUCUCGGUGUUGGGAUGCCUGCAUGGUGGUGGACGGCGGUACCUCCUUUGAGUUUAAUGAUGGUGCCAUUGCCACUAUCAGCAUGUGCGAGGAGGACCAACUCCGGACAGUCGUUCUGGAAACCUGCAUACAAAUCGCAGAGCUAGGAACACCUGACUGA